GCAAGUUUAAGAGAUUUUGUUCACCUAAAAAGACUCAGUCGCUGCUGUUGUGCUCUAUCAGUAUAGUUUAAGUAUCGGUGAAAGGUGUUUUCGGCUGUGGCGUGUUCUCCUGCAGGACUGAAGGGUAAACUGGACUUGUUGAUGUUGAGUUGGCGUUUUGGACGCGGAGCCAAAGAGAGUCCACACAUUGUGACAAAAAAGAUUUGAAACUCUCAGGUGCUGUUGAUCGGGUGCCAUGACUGUACGCAGAGAACCUGCAAUUUUGGCACUUUUAUGCUGAAAUCCAUUCAAAGACAGGACUUUGCAUCAAAAACAAAUUUGCCAAAUACCCACUGAAGCAUCAAACAGUGAAUGUGGUUAUUCUUGUGCUCCUCGUCAUUGCCUUUUUAAUUAUUCUGCAUCGAAAUCUGCUGAAUCUCAAUGAUUUCCUGAAGCAAGAGAAUCCAGACACAGUGCCUGGGAUGGUCCUGCCCUUUGAGACGGACUUCCUGUCGGAUCAUAAGGUGAUCAGGACGGGAGAUGAGAUUCCAGUGCUCAUCACCGCUCCGGAGGAGAGACUGGGAGCUGCUGUCACCGCCAUGAACAGCAUCCACCGCAACAGCAAAGCCAACGUAGUGUUCAAUAUAGUGACACUGAACGAGUCGGUGGUUCAUCUUAGAACGUGGCUGAGUAAGACUGACAUGAAACACAAAAUUAUCGUAUUUGAUCCGAAGAUGCUCGCUGGAAAGAAUUCGAAUGACCCUCAGAAAUCGGAGAAAGUGAAGCCGUUGACCUUCGCCAGAUUCUUCUUGCCAGUUUUUUUGCCGGAUGCAGAGAAAGUCAUUUACCUGGAUGAUGAUGUAAUUGUACAAGGGGACAUUCGGGAGCUUUUUGACACCGGUCUUAAGUCGGGACACGCGGCAGCUUUCUCAGAGGACUGUGACUCCGUGUCGUCUAAAGGAAUCGUCAGAGGAGCCGGAAAUCAGAACAGCUAUAUUGGUUUUCUGGACUUCAAGAAAGAGGCGAUCAAGAAGCUUGGAAUGAGAGCAAACACAUGCUCGUUCAAUCCUGGAGUGUUUGUGGCCAAUUUAACCGAGUGGAAGCAGCAGAAUAUCACUAGCCAGCUUGAGUUCUGGAUGGAGCGCAAUGCUAAGGAGGACCUUUACAGUAAGACUCUGGCAGACAGCAUCACAACACCACCUAUGCUCAUCGUGUUCUACAAGCACCACUCCAACAUUGACCCAAUGUGGCACGUCCGACACCUCGGGGCAACAGGAGCUGGGAAUCGCUAUUCACCUCAGUUUGUGAAAGCUGCCAAACUUCUCCAUUGGAACGGACAUUAUAAACCAUGGGGAAGAGCCUCUGCUUUUUCAGAAAUUUGGGACAAAUGGUACAUUCCAGAUCCUACAGGUAAAUUCCACCCAAUCCGGAGACACGCUGAGGAAAAAUAACUCUGGUUUGAGCUACAAGAAAAAUGGAUAAACUCUGUGUUUGGGGAUGUUUAAAGGAUGCAAAAAAAAUAUGGGGCCUUCAUGAAACCUAAGAGUACCCAAGUUACGGGGACCAACAUUGGAAGAGAACAAAAGCCGAGAGGCGACAUUCGACACCAAUGCACUACCUCAGCAUUCAUUGUCUAAUUAUAAAGUAAUAACACUAAAACAAUCAUGGUACAGGUUUUAAUAUUCAUUUUGUAUGCCACAUCCAUGCAAGUGUCUAGAUUUAGUUUUUUUUAACAAGUGGUAUGAUCCCAAAUAUUAUUUGGUGAAACUGUAGACCCACUCUUUGCUUGCAAAAUUUCCAUUUCACUAUGAAAUAUUUUAGAUUUCUUUAGGGCUUUAGACACAAACCUGUGACAAUUAACAUUUCAGAAUUUCUGUAUUUGACACUACAGGAACCACUUUUUCCUUCUGUUACAUGUUGUUUUCCUUUGUUUGGAUGCAUGUUUUU